AGGUUGCUAUUAAGAUUGUGCUGAAGAGUGGCUGUGACAGAUUCAUCACCAUUAUUCCAACCCCAUGCUAACCAUGUCUGCUCAAAUAUUAGCCUGGUGAGAAGAACGGUCUCCCUGUAGAGGUGGCGUUGAUGCUGAUGGUGUCCGAGCCACCUCGCUGCGAACACGUCCUGGAGCUCCUGGAAUGGUUCGACAUGCCCGAGUGCUACGUCUUGAUCCUGGAGCGACCCGCCUGCUGCAUGGACCUCUUCGAAUACCGCAGGAACGUCUCACUUCCCGAACAUCUGGCUCAGGUCAUCAUGUGGCAGGUGGUUCUCGCCGCCCGUCAUUGCCGUGAUCGUGGCGUUCUCCAUCGGGAUAUCAAGGAGCAGAACCUUCUGGUCAGUUUCGACACGUUAGAGGUCAAGCUCAUAGACUUUGGCUGUGGGGACUUGCUCAAGUCGACACCCUACAGACGUUUUGCAGGUAAUUGUACCUCGGAGGUCAGUAGCUAUGAAACACAGAUGACAGCGAUCGCAUAGGAAAGCCGUGUGUGUGAACCGUUUCUCUCACUUUUAUUCAGGCACCAUACUAU